CAGCCGACAGACUAAAACUCCGACCCGGAGGAGAAAUCCAUCCAGCCUCCGGUCCGCAACUGAGCCAGGCGCUGUGGCGGAACCGAAGAGGAAAACCCGGGAGAGGCAGAAGAAAGGAGCGAAGCCUGACUCUGGACAUGUGCGGAGAUGACACUUCAUUGAACGUACUGUGACAGAGUUCGACUCUCCGUCCACAUUCAAGGAAAGAGAUCUACGCUUUCCUUAAUCACGCCGCAGUGAACACAACUUUACUGUUACUAUUUAGCUUCCCCUCAGUUACCGACUACAAUGUAUCGUUCCACAAAAGGAGCUUCGAAAGCUCGAAGGGACCAGAUAAACGCAGAGAUAAGGAACCUCAGAGACUUGUUGCCCAUCUCCGAAGCGGACAAGGCUCGCCUUUCCUAUCUACACAUCAUGUCCCUUGCUUGCAUGUACACAAGAAAAUCCGUCUUCUUCUAUCAAGAUGUAGCUGCAGCUAGUGGUAUUGAGGAAAGCGCGAGAUUCCUCUCAUUUCACGAGCUCUCGGAGUUCGUGCAAGCGAUGCCAGGAUUUCUGAUGUUACUGACUGCGGAGGGAAAGCUCCUUUACCUGUCGGACAGUGUCUCUGAGCACCUCGGACACUCAAUGGUAGAUUUGGUCGCUCAAGGGGACAGUGUGUUUGACAUAAUAGACCCUACAGACCACUUUAUCAUGAGAAGUAACCUGGUGCCUCCUACUUCACCUGACACAGAUCGAUUGUUCCGCUGCCGUUUCAACACUUCCAAGUCAGUGCGCAGGCAGAGUGCUGGCAAUAAGCUUGUUCUUAUUCGGGCUCGCUGUCUGUCACCACCGCCGGACCAAGCCUCUCCAGGAACCUACUGGACUUCCAACCCCGUGUGGGUUUGCUUCUGCGCACCUCUUGAGCCCCACCCACCUCGACCUGGCACUGCCGCAGAACAACCUUUGCCACUGUCCUUGGAGAGCAGUUUCCUCCUUCCAUGUUUCCGCUCCCAGCACAGUCGUGACAUGAGACUCCAGGAAGCACAGGACAGUGUGAGUGUUUACCUUGGCAUGGACGUGGCGACUCUAUGCUCUCGCUCCUGGUAUAGCCUUCUACAUCCACAGGACCUUACACAUGCUUCAACUCAGCACUGUAGCCUGUUGAGAGAGGGAGGAGAAGGCAGGGCUGAGAUGGUGGUUCGUGUGGAGGCUUCAGAUCACUCGUGGGUUUGGCUGUAUAUGGUCUUGCAGCUGGAAACAGGCGAGAAUCCUAUCAGCAGUAACAAUUACAUCAUCAGUGAGUCCGAGGCCUGGUCUGUGAGGCAGCAGCUAAGCUCUGAAGAGACCCAGCUCUCUGGGGUGUUGAGCACCAGCACCUCCCAACAGGAGACUCUGAGCUUGCAAAGUCCUGAAACGCUCUCUAGCCCAGACCAAGUGUUCACGCCUGGGAGCAGUGGUCUCUCGGCUCAGUCAUUUGACUUUAGCACGGCAGUUUGCAGCGCUGGCUCCACAGAAGAGCAAGCUGGCAGCUCUGCCAUGGAACCCAUGCCACUGGAGAGUGGUCCACGCUCCAGUCUCUCCUCCUUGGAGGAGGAGACCUUCUUCCAGCAACCACCUAGCGAGCCUGUGGACAGGCCUUCAGCCGCUUCUUCCCCUGAUACAGUCGCAACUGUGUCAGACUUGGACUUCCUCACCCAGAACAUUCUACUGCCCCCUGCUUUCCAGGUAGACCCCCCAUUACCUGCACUGCCCCUUCCACUACCACCUGUACCUACCUCCCAGUCCCAGCAGACCAAGGAGUUUGUGUGCACCCCUCCAUAUACACCACAGCUAGGGAGCAGCAGCUUUCCCUUUGGGGAGCCACUCUUCAGCUUUGAUCCCACUGGUGCCACCACGCCACCGCCACUUGUCCCUACCGCAACGGUUACGACGACAGCAGCUCCCUCUUUGUCUCCAUCUGCUCCAUCAAAUCCUCAAGGCAGCCCUGCUCCACCUACUACCACACUCUCCACCUUGCUGCCUCUCACUCUGCCAGCUCCAUCCACAGAGAUUCUUUUUCCUGUGGAACCUUGCAGUGGUGCAUUGUAUGAGAAGCUUCCUCCGACUCCAGACAGUCCCGGAGAUGGAGACUGCACUGUCAUGACUCUGCCUGAGGUUCGGGGUCCACUCUAUGUUGAUGUCCCCCAUGGGCCGCUCCCAUAUCCACCUGAAGGCCUACUCACACCUGAAGCCUCACCUGGAAAACAGUCCAACCUGUCUUUCUUUACCCUAGAGCGGGAGAGAGAAAAAGACAGAACAGAGAUCUCCCUUUUAGCCCAGCACAUAAGUACGCUAGCCGAAGGGUUCUACCUAGACCCUCUCCUCUCCAAGCUGUUGCCCUCUUCCAUUUCUCCCCAAUCUCCGUCUCCUUCCUUGGACUCAGAGGGGCUGGAGACAGUCCCACGUCUGGGUGAAUUUUACCCAGUUAAAUCCUGGAGAGGCCUGGACCUGCCCCUCUUCCCAGACGACGACUCUCUGUUUGAAGAGAGUGUCUUAGAGUCCCUCCUUCAAGACCUCUCCUCACCUUCGCUCUCUCCCACCCCUUCCUCUCCCUCCAGUGCUCCCUCUUCCCCAUUGACUCCUGAGUGCUGGCGCCCAACCCUGCACUUCGACGGGGUUUCUGUCGUGAGUGCCGGCCACUUCUGUAGCGUCCAAUCGGCGCGCUGUAACCACGCGGCCGGGUGCGGGGCCACAAUGUCGCCGGUAGACGCAGGCGACAUGGCGGACGUCAAGUUGGCAGGUGAAGUUGCCAUGGAGACAGAGGCAGUGUCAUCGCCAGUGUCCACCGGUAUCCCAGCAUCCCCGCUGCACCUGACUGCCUCGCUCGUCUCUCCAGCACCUGCCUCCUCGCCCGCCAGCCCCGCAUCAUGUGGCCUGCCUUGCGCCCAGUCCCUCCUCGAGGAGCUGGCCGCCCUGGAACCCAUGUUUGGGGCAGGUGCCUCGAUCACCCCUGGCCUGGGGCAACAACCUGAGUUGUAUCAACUCCAAAGUCACCUGCCGCAACAGUGCUUCCGCAAAGAUGGGAGUGGAAGUGAUCCUCCGUUCUAAAAUAAGUCUGUGACUUACUUCAUUAAGUAUGGCAUAUUGUCAUAUUUCAUGGAGCUACUUUUACUGAAAAGUGAAGAUGAUCUAAUUGUAUAAAUAUAUACAUAAUGUAUAUAAAGCCAAAAACACUUAAAACUUCCUCAUAUCCACUGAGAAAACAAUUAUUCAUAUUUUGUUCAUGUAUUUAUCCAUAACUUUUUAUGUCAAUAAUGGUGCAACAUCACAACAAUGAUGCAAUAUACUAGCUGUGUGCGAACCAAGUUGUGAAGACUUGGAGGUCAGUUUUAUUCUCUGCUUUACUGUAACAUGAGCUUUUAUUGGAGACUAAGAUCUCUGACUUUGUAAGCGCAACUCGACUUACAGACUUGCAUUUGUAUUCACUCGUAGUGAAAAUAACUCUGUUGUGAACUCUUGACAUGAAGGGAGAAACAAAACUACCUUCGUAUCUCAAUAAGAUAACAAUCAGCCAGCUUACAGCUCAAUGCUUGUGAUGGCAGCAACAUACACACAAAGCCCAAAGUGUGGAGAAUGAACUUAACUGUGCAGCACUAAAACUGGACUUUCCUACAGGCUGCAAGGACUUAGUAGUACUCAGUUCCUUCCGUGAUCUCCUUAUCUAUAUUAUAUUCCUUUUUAAUGGUGUAUCUAUUAAUUGGAAACAGUAAUACCAACAGCACUACUAAACAUUAAAAAUCCAGAACACAUUGAGCUUUGGGUCUAUGGCUGCCAUUUCUAGAGUUUUGUUUUUCCAAAUCUGUGUAUCAGUGUGCUGUGCAAAUGUUUCUUUAAUCUGUGAACAAAUCCCAGUUUGUGUGCAAGACAAGUCAAGGUUUUCGACACUAUUUCAACUGGUCCAGCAGAUGCAAUCAGGAGACGAAACUACUAGCUGACAAUGAGAAGAACAGAAAACUGUGUGGGAUUGCACAUAAACUUGACUGGACUGCCUCUUUGGCCAGCCAGGGUUAAAUGGCUCCUCGAUCAGCCAUUUGUGUGAGCAAAGCCAGACACAAACACAAUGGACUUCUUUGCGGCAUCGAUAUUUGCAAUGCCUGUGAUCUGCUGUUCCUCUCGUGUGCUUGGCAGAGCCGAAGUGUGCUGAAUCCAGCCAGGCGCCAUUUUUAUACAGCGAAUACCACGAUGACAUCGUAACUUCACUGUGUGCGGUGUGGAGUGGUGAGCACAACUGUGUGAAUGGCCAAUUCUUCUUUUUUGAGAGGGGUUAAAAAAUCCACACACACACACAAAAAAAAAAAAAGAACAAGUGAAGUUUUGUUUUAAAAAAUGAAACGGACAAUAGGGAUGUGAUACUAUUUCUAUUCAGUUACCAGUCGACACGGGUUGAGAAUGGUUCUAUUCCCAUUGUGUUGACAUGCUAACGUAGAGUUGUCUACGGUCAAGUAAAGGAUUGAUUCCUACAUUCUACCUAUUUACAUGCUAAGUUAAAAAAGUAUUAUAUUGUUUGCGUGCUGUUAUACAGAAUGGAAGCUUGGAGCACAUGCCUCUAGAUAGGCAGGUGCUAAAGUUCCAGUAUGGUAAUAGGAUGUACACAUUUGUACAUUUGUAUGAACAGAGCCGAUAUCUGUACAUAUCAGAGACAUUUUUAUGGUAUAUGACAAAAACAUACUUGACAUAAUGCUAUCUAUGAAGAAUGGACAUUGUGGAUCAGUGUUCUUUUGUGUCGCUGAUAAGUGUAUUUGGAUGUCAAAAACAAAUGCAUUUAUAUUAAAGUGCACUUAAAGCUG